CACCCCGCAACAAAUAAAGUUAAUUUAUAACCGACGACUGCCAUUCACUUUUUAGUUGUAUAAAAUUAAGUAAUAAGGUUCCCUAAAGUUCGUAGAUAUGCUGCUUGCUAUCGCCAACUCGGCUGUUAAGUCUCUGCGUCAGACAACACCACGAGUGCGAGUCUUUCUAAUAAGCAAAAAUGCCUACUCUAGUCAGGUCGAGUAUAAACCCAUACGUUCGGUUCUGGUGGCGAAUCGCGGAGAAAUCGCGAUUCGUGUUUUUCGUGCGUGCACUGAACUGGGUAUUAAAUCGGUAGCCAUUUAUUCGGAGCAAGAUAAAAUGCACAUGCAUCGUCAAAAAGCCGAUGAAUCAUAUCUGGUGGGCAAGGGCUUGCCACCGGUUGAGGCCUAUUUGAACAUUCCAGAAAUUAUACGUGUUUGCAAAGAGAACGAUGUGGAUGCUGUGCAUCCUGGUUAUGGCUUUCUUUCGGAGCGUAGUGAUUUCGCACAAGCAGUUAUUGAUGCAGGACUACGUUUCAUUGGUCCGUCACCGAAAGUAGUACAGCAGAUGGGUGAUAAAGUGGCUGCCCGUACAGCAGCUAUUGAGGCUGGCGUACCUAUUGUACCCGGCACAGAUGGUCCGGUGACUACCAAAGAUGAAGCUGUUGAGUUCUGCAAAAAACACGGUUUGCCAGUAAUCUUCAAAGCUGCUUACGGUGGAGGCGGUCGCGGCAUGCGUGUCGUCCGUAAAAUGGAGGAGGUAGGAGAAAUGUUUGAACGUGCAAGCUCUGAGGCUAAGGCUGCUUUCGGUAAUGGUGCUAUGUUUAUUGAGAAGUUUAUCGAACGGCCACGUCACAUUGAGGUCCAACUAUUGGGAGACAAAGCAGGAAAUGUUGUGCAUUUGUACGAACGUGAUUGCUCAGUUCAGCGUCGUCAUCAAAAGGUGGUAGAAAUUGCCCCCGCUCCCCGUUUGCCUGUCGAAGUUCGAAAUAAAAUGACAGACGCGGCGGUACGUUUAGCUAAACACGUUGGUUAUGAAAAUGCGGGCACCGUGGAAUUUUUGUGUGAUGAAUCAGGCAAUUUUUACUUUAUUGAGGUCAAUGCUCGUUUGCAAGUCGAGCACACAGUCACCGAAGAAAUUACCGACAUUGAUUUGGUGCAGUCACAAAUUCGCGUUGCCGAAGGCAUGACGCUACCUGAGUUAGGUUACACACAAGAUAAAAUUCAACCGCGAGGCUUUGCUAUCCAGUGCCGUGUGACAACAGAAGAUCCUGCCAAUGAUUUCCAACCAAGCACAGGACGCUUAGAAGUAUUCCGUUCGGGCGAGGGCAUGGGCAUACGUUUGGAUAGUGCCUCCGCUUUUGCUGGUGCUAUCAUUUCGCCCUACUACGAUUCAUUACUAGUCAAAAUCAUCUCACAUGCCAGCGACUUACAAAGCUCAGCCUCAAAAAUGAACCGUGCCUUACGAGAAUUCCGUAUUCGCGGAGUAAAAACCAAUAUUCCCUUUUUGUUAAAUGUUUUGGAAAAUCAAAAGUUCUUACACGGUGUUUUAGACACGUACUUCAUUGACGAACAUCCACAACUCUUCCAAUUCCGUAUAUCACAAAAUCGCGCCCAAAAAUUAUUAAGUUAUCUGGGUGAAGUAUUGGUUAACGGACCACAGACCCCAUUGGCUACACCCUUAAAACCAGCUGAAAUAUCACCACACGUACCCACCGUGCCGCUGGAUUUAUCACCCGAGGCCGUAGAGCGUGAAGAACGUGGUGAAGCUAAAGUAACGGAGCCCCCUAAAGGUCUUCGCCAAUUACUAAAAUCUCAGGGCCCUGAAGCGUUUGCCAAAGAAGUGCGCUCCCGGAAGAAUCUCAUGCUUAUGGAUACUACUUUUAGAGAUGCUCAUCACUUGUUAAUGGCUACGCGAGUGCGUUCACAUGACCUUUUAAAAAUUUCUCCAUAUGUAGCCAAUAAGUUUCAUAAUUUGUACGCCUUGGAAAAUUGGGGAGGUGCUACGUUUGAUGUUGCUCUGCGCUUUUUACACGAAUGUCCCUGGGAACGUUUGGAGGAGAUGCGUAAACUGAUUCCCAACAUUCCAUUCCAAAUGUUAUUGCGAGGUGCUAAUGCUGUUGGUUAUACCAACUACCCGGAUAACGUGGUCUAUAAAUUCUGUGAAUUAGCGGUCCAAACUGGCAUGGACAUUUUCCGUGUCUUUGAUUCUCUUAACUAUUUACCCAAUUUAAUUUUGGGCAUGGAAGCGGCAGGCAAAGCUGGUGGUGUAGUAGAGGCAGCUAUAUCUUAUACGGGUGAUGUUAGUGAUCCGAAUCGCAGCAAAUAUGACUUGAAGUACUAUACAGAUUUAUCAGAUGAAUUGGUUAAGGCUGGCACACAUGUUCUUGCUAUUAAAGACAUGGCUGGCCUAUUGAAGCCUCAAGCUGCCAAAUUAUUGAUCUCUGCCAUACGCGAUAAACAUCCUGAUGUUCCUAUUCAUAUACACACUCAUGAUACUUCAGGAGCGGGUGUGGCUUCUAUGUUGGCUUGUGCGGAAGCAGGAGCCGAUGUAGUGGACGUAGCCGUUGAUUCUAUGUCGGGCAUGACUUCCCAACCAAGCAUGGGCGCUAUAGUGGCGUCUUUGCAAGGUACGCCCUCAGAUACCGCAUUCGAUUUGAGUAGCAUUUCCGAAUAUUCCGCAUUCUGGGAACAGACACGUACUUUAUAUGCACCUUUCGAAUGUACCACUACCAUGAAAUCUGGCAAUGCUGACGUUUACAUGAAUGAAAUUCCUGGUGGCCAAUACACCAACCUACAAUUCCAAGCCUUCUCUUUAGGUUUAGGAGAUCAAUUCGAGGAUAUAAAGAAGUCUUACCGCGAAGCCAACUUACUCUUAGGUGACAUAAUAAAAGUGACUCCCUCUUCCAAAGUGGUCGGAGAUUUAGCCCAGUUCAUGGUCCAAAAUAAACUGACAGCUGACCAAGUGUUAGAGAAAGCCGAGGAGCUAUCCUUCCCUAAAUCGGUAGUGGAAUUUUUGCAAGGUUCUAUAGGUACUCCACACGGAGGCUUCCCUGAACCAUUCCGUUCUCGUGUCCUCAAAGAUAUGCCUCGUGUCGAGGGACGCCCAGGCGAAAAGCUACCACCUUUGAACUUUGACAAGUUAAAGAAAGACCUUAAAGAGACUCAUCCUAACGUCAACGAUCGUGAUGUUAUGUCUGCAGCACUCUAUCCGGCCGUCACUGAAGAAUACCUACACUUCCGCGAAGCCUACGGGCCUGUUGAAAAAUUAGACACCCGUAUAUUCUUGAUUGGUCCUAAAGUUGGUGAGGAAUUCGAAGUCAAUUUACAGAAAGGCAAAACACUCAGUUUGAAAACUCUGGCCAUGGCUGAAGAUUUAACACCCAAUGGUGAACGCGAGGUGUUCUUCGAAAUGAAUGGCCAACUGCGAUCAGUUUUAAUACGUGAUAAAGAAGCUGUUAAGGAACUACACAUACACCCGAAGGCAUCCAAGAGCAACAAAAAUGAGGUAGGAGCACCCAUGCCUGGUACCGUAAUUGAUGUUCGCGUUAAAGAGGGUGACAAAGUAGAAAAAGGCCAACCAUUGCUCGUAUUGUCUGCAAUGAAAAUGGAAAUGGUGGUUCAGUCUCCAAAAGCGGGCGUUGUCACGAAACUGGAAGUCAGCAAUGGCAUGAAGCUAGAUGGUGACGAUUUGCUGAUGCUGGUGGAAUAAAGAAAAUAUAACAGUGAAUAAUACAGUCCAGUUAUGGAUUCCUACGAAAGUUCAAAUGUACGAUAACAAAUGACAUAUAUAAGUAGAUAUCUAAGCCGAACACAAAAAUUUCUAUCGUGUCCAAGUGUUAUUUCUUGUUUCCUUUGCACAAGCUAUAUUUGUUAGAAAUAUUUUUCAUUUAUUUUUCUA